UCCUGGUUAGCUGUAGAUAACAGUCAUGGAUGCAAUGAGAGUGUCAUUCUGUCUCACAGUUGGUUUUCUAAUUUACUUUGUACAGUCAUCGCGAUCUGAAGAAAAUGUUUCGUUUGGAAAGGCUGCAACACAAAGUAGUGAUCAUGGAAUCCGUUUGAACGCAAGCAGGGCUGUUGAUGGUUGUUUAAAUCGGGAGUUGAGAAAUUCUGGUUGCUGUUCCCAUACAGAUCCGCGUGACUUGAAAGAAGCCUGGUGGCAGGUGGAUCUAGGAAGUCUCAGCACCAUCAGUUACAUCACAAUAUACCACAGGAGUGAUUUCGAUUCCCGAAGCCGAUUUGCAGGUUACCAACUCUACAUGUCGAAUACCACUGACUGGUCGCUAGGUGUUCUCUGUUAUGAAGACAGGAGUAAUACUAAAGCCCAAGUACAGAUGGUGGUGACCCAUCAGUGCCCGUAUGUAGCUCAGUAUGUGACCAUCUACAUCUACAGAGGCAAUCCAAAGCGAUAUGUCUGGUAUGAAAGUAGGGCGAUUUUGGAGCUUUGUGAAGUACAAGUGUUUGGCUGUCCAAUAGACAAACACGGGAACGGCACUUGUGACCAAACAUGUUCGGAUAACUGCUAUGGGGGCAACUGCGACGCUUCAACUGGUCAAUGUUUUUAUUGCCCCUCUGAAAUGCGAGGCAGUAUGUGUGACCUGGACUGUUCUUCGAAUUGUAAAGAUCGCGUUUGUGACAAGGACUCUGGUUACUGUGAAGAAUGUAUCCCAGGAAAGUAUGGCAAUUCGUGUGAACAGGAUUGCACCUCAAAUUGUAAAGAUGGUGUGUGUGCUAAGGACACCAGCCACUGUUACAAAUGUAUCCCGGGAAAGUAUGGCAACUCGUGUGGGCAGGAUUGUUCUUCAAAUUGUAAAGAUGGAGUGUGUGUUAAGGACACCGGCCACUGUGACGGAUGCAUUCUGGGAAAACGAGGCGACAUAUGUGAACUCGACUGCCCUGUUAACUGUCAAGACAGCAAAUGUGCUCAGCACACGGGAUACUGUUCAGCUUGUAUAACAGGGAGGCAUGGUGAUUUCUGUUUAAACACUUGUCCCAACAACUGCCUAGAUAACACUUGUGAGAAAAACAACGGACAAUGUUUAGGUUGUACUUCAGGAAAAUACGGUGCGAACUGUGACCUCGACUGCUCUGAACAUUGCAAUAAUAGUGUUUGCAUGCAAAUCAGCGGUCAAUGCAAAGAAUGUGUUGCUGCUAAGUAUGGAUCAACAUGUGAACAAAACUGUCCACCUGAUUGUAAGGACAACGUAUGCUCGAUAAACGAAGGCAAAUGUUUACACUGCACUACUGGGAGGUAUGGUGAGACAUGUACGUUUACGUGUCCUGUGACUUGUAAAGAGUUCAUGUGUGAUCAACAAACCGGACAAUGUUUAGAUUGUUAUCCUGGGAAGUAUGGCGUUGUGUGUGGGGCCGAUUGUCCGGUCACGUGUCAAGACAACAUCUGUAACAAGGAUAACGGAGAGUGUCUGACAAUUGGUACAGAUAACAGAUUGAUUGUGAUAGCUGUUUUGGCUGUCAUUUGUGGGCUAAUGCUGGUUGUGUUCAUCACGUUGGAAAUAUGUCUGUUUCGCAAAAUCAGAAACAAAAAGGGCUCUUCACACAAGAACGUAGAACCAUGCGAUCCAGAUCGUACUUACACAACUCUGUCGGGUUCCCAGGAGGUACAUCCAAACGUUUAUGAAAUGAUCGACACUAAAUAGGCAAGCCAGAUUCAUCCAAUCGUUGGUCCUACAGCAUCGAGCUCAUACACACAAUUGUCAAAGGAUUGUUACAUGGUGUACUAAACGAAGCUUUCGUGUAUGAAUUUCAUCAAGAGGUUUUCUUUUCGCUAAUUUCUUAUAUGAUAUAGUAUAUUACUUCAUAUAUUAAUAAAGUAUGUAUUUGUUGAACUGCAGCAUAACCUUAAAAAUGUAUUUUCUUUAUGUGUAAAUAACGUGGUUUGUUCACUGUUAAUGUAGUUUCGUAGAACAGUUUGGUGAACUAUAAUAUGUCGAUACUGGUAGGUAUGCUUUAACCUUGUCAUCAACCCGUCUGAUUAUCAUAUAAUUUAAAUGUGAAUUAUGUCAUUGGUAAAUUAAUAUUUUUGCUUAUUGAACAACUUGUUUGUACUGUUGCAACAUGCCAUGCCAACUGCAAGAAAAUAAAACACACGUCAUACAUUUUAAAAAAACAAAUCAAUACCAGGUCUUAGCAAAUCGUUCAUGUACUUCAGAGAAAGAAUGCUGGACCUCUUCAUAUUCACCCUUCAUAAGCAAACAAAUAGACCAAAACUGAUAUAAUUGAAAACCCUGCCACACGUAGGAAGGGGUAUUAAGUGAUUUAAUUUUCCAUCGGUCCAGCCGUACGACAUCUUUUUAGACUUGAGUUUUGCUAUAUCAUCAAUAUUGUGGCUACAUUUAAAGGGGUACUACACCAAUGCAUCAAAUGUAGGUCACUGUGUUCUAUAUUUGCCGCUUCACUGACUUUGUUAUGAAUAUGCAAUUAGCUCAAUUUAUUUUUUCAAUUGUAUCAUCUUCUAAUCUGUCGAAAUCCUUUGACAGCACCUCAUUGAAAUUAGUUUCAUAAACGAAAUGUUUAUAUGGAUAAAUCAACAAAACUAAUGAUAAUUUGUAAUGUAUUAUCUCAAAUCAGACCAAUCCAGUUUAACCCAUUACCUCAACUAAUUUCUCCUCAACUGUUACUUUCAUUGAUGAGAGCCUGCCCCUAGGUCAAUACGAGCUUUUUAAUGUGUUUAAAUAUUCAUCAUCAGAUCAAAGUGUUUUUGUUAUGUUUACAUUUUAACGAUAUAAUUCUGUUUCAGAGAUGUCUUAUUUUAUAAUUAUUGUAUUAGCGCAUAUGAUGAGCUUUAACCAAAUAUUAUAACUAUAUAGCUAGAUGCAUUGUAGACUGUCCAUAAUGCAAAUGUUUCUGUCGCCUUAAGGAACUGGAUUAAUUUAAUUUUUUUGAAACGCAAUUCUUGAUCCUUUUCCAUUUGAGCAUUUCAUUAUGCGUACAAGGAGAGAAAUAAAGUUUAUAUUAAAGUUUAUA